AUGCUUUAUUCAUGCUUUGCAGGCGGCUAUUUAUCAGAAUAUGAAAGCAGAGGUUACAUGGUUGGCAUUUUGUCAGCUGUCAGGUAUCUUCUCGAUAGGAAUAUUCUUCACAGGGAUUUGAAACCUGGAAAUAUACUUAUAGGCACGGAUGGUCAAGUGAAGCUAGCAGACUUUGGUCUGGCUAUUCUUAUGCAAGAUUUGAAUCCAAUGAGUGUUAGCGGUACGCCGAAUUAUCUCGCUCCAGAGGUAGGUUAG